AUGGGGGAAUUCCUAGCCCCUACGAGGGAACAGCCCCAGGACACACAUGAAACAAAGCCUGCGAAGGAGCAGCCACCACCUGAAAAACAAGAUGCACGCUCCCAGUUACCGGAAUCUGCCAGGGGAGAGGGAAACACGGCUUACGUUAGGAGCUAUUUGAGAGCCCUCGCGUAUAGAUCGAGAUUCGAUGCUGUACUUUUUGCCGCUGCUGCAAUAUGUGCAAUUGGAUCCGGCAUCGUUUUGCCGCUGAUGAACAUCGUCUUUGGGAACAUGGUCGGCAGCUUUAACGCAUAUGGCUCGCCUGAAAAUGAAGUCUCGGAAGCUGAUUUCAGGUCGUCCAUCGACAGCAAUGCCCUCAAGAUUGUGUACCUCUUCAUCGGAAAGUUUGCACUGAGUUACGUCUCAAUGUUUGGUUUUCGGAUGGCGGGCCUUCGCGUCACAGCGGCCCUGCGACUGGCCUAUAUGCAGUCAGUCUUCGCGCAGCCCAUCAGUAAGCUCGAUGAAGUGUCUGCCGGCACCGUCGCGAAUACGAUUACUGCCUCGUCCAACACGAUCCAAAGCAGCAUCUCUGACCGGCUGUCCCUGUUGUUUCAAUCGCUGGCUCUGCUGGUAGCGGCCUAUGUGGUCGCUUUUCGAUACUCAUGGGCGCUCACCCUCGCAGCGAGUGCGCCCUUGCUAUUUAUAGUUCUCGCCUAUUCCAUCUUGGCACCAAUCCUGCUCAAACUUCAGAAGCAGGUCGACAAGGCGGACGAACAGCAUGCCUCUAUCGCAGCUGGCGUUUUCGGGUCCAUCCGUACUGUCCUCUCUCUCGGAGCCGAGACUCCCCUGUCGGAGAGGUAUUUCCACUGGGUCGAGGUAUCGCGACAGCGAGGACGGAAUCUGGCUCGCUUCCUGGGCCUGCAGCUUGCUCCAGCGUUCUUCGGAAUGUACGCUGGCUACGCACUGAGUUUCUGGUUCGGCUUAAGGCUCUAUCAGGAAGGUCACAUUGCAAACGUCAAUACAGUCAUUAUUGUCUUCUUUUCCGUGCUUAUCGUCAGCAGUGUCAUGGGCGGUAUCGUCCUUCCGGUUAUGCAAAUCUCCAAAGCGAUCAGCGCCUCGACCGGGUUCUUUGAUAUCAUUGAUUCCGAGCGCGUGUCUGUGGAUGGUCUCCGAGACCCGGAUGUCUCUGCACAUGCAGAUAUCGAGUUCCACGACGUCACCUUUGCAUAUCCUACGCGGCCUGGAGUUCAGGUGCUGAAGAGCUUUAGCGCUCGGUUCGAAAAGGGCAAAACGACCGCAUUGGUCGGGCCCUCUGGUUCCGGAAAGAGCACAAUUGUCGCGCUGUUGGAGAGAUGGUACCAGCUGGAGGGCGAGACAGCUUCGAACAACCAUCUAUCUGCAACGACGGUUGAUGUGGAGGUUCCUGGACAAAGCAGAAGUAAGCCCAAUCGCGGUGCUGUGCGCGUCGACGGCCACAAUCUCAAUACUCUGCACCUGAAAUGGUGGAGAUCCCAGAUUGGCCUGGUUCAGCAAGAACCAUUCCUUUUCAACGACUCGAUCUUCAACAACGUGGCCUUUGGGCUGAUAGGAUCGAGAUGGGAGAACGAAUCGGAGGAAGUCAAGCGGGAGCUCGUCAAAAGCGCUUGUAAGGAGGCGUUUGCGGAUGAAUUCAUCGAGCGUCUUCCACAGGGAUACUCGACGAUAGUCGGUGAAGGCGGCAUCAAGCUGAGCGGCGGCCAACGCCAGCGGCUGGCAAUCGCCCGCAGCAUCGUCAAACGGCCUGCGAUCCUGAUCCUGGACGAAGCCACUAGCGCCAUCGAUGUGCACGGCGAGAGAAUCGUGCAGAAAGCGCUUGACCGCGUGUCGCAAAGCCGCACGACCAUCGUGAUCGCCCACCGACUGUCGACCAUCCGUAAAGCGGACCAUAUUAUCGUCCUCCAGAACGGCACCAAGAUCGAAGAGGGCUCUCAUGAGCAGCUCAUGUCCAUCUCCGACGGGAUGUAUCGCAACCUGGUCAAUGCACAGCACCUGGAAGCAGAGUCCUCCGUGCCAGAAGAAACUGACAAAGGAGAUAAAGCCCCGGAAGAGAGACUGGAUCUUAUAAACAGUUCGCAUGCAGAUGCUGAAGUGAAGCAGGAGAAUACUGGUUCUCGAAAGGCACGCACUAAAUAUCUAGCCCUCGGGCGCAUCCUGUACGAGCGACGGGCUCAUUGGCCAUUUUACGCUCUGGUAGUGCUGGCAGCGAUGUGCUGUGGUGCCGCCUACGCUUUGCAAAGCUGGUUCUUCGCACAGCUGGUCCAAGUCUUUCAAUUCACGGGCCAGAAGCUCACCGAGUCCAGAAAUUUCUGGGCCUUGAUGUUUUUCAUUUUGGCCCUGGCCAUUGCGGUUUCCUACUAUGUUUUAGGAUAUAUUUCCACUUCCAUGUCGGCGUCCAUCACAUCCACAUAUCGGAAAGAGUAUUACAAGAGCAUCCUGCAACAGCCAAUAUCGUUUUAUGACGCCGAAGACAACGCGUCGGGAAGCUUGAUGUCGCGAUUGUCCACGGAUCCAAAACAGAUCCAGGAGGCGGUGGGCGUCAACGGCGCCUUUCCGCUGGUUUCCAUCUUCAACAUGAUCGGAUGUAUCGCGAUAUCGUUCUCCUUUGGCUGGAAGCUGAGCCUGGUCACCCUGUUUGCCGCCUUGCCGGUGCUGUUCCUCGCCGCGUUUCUGCGUCUCCGGCAUGAGAUUCACUUCGACCAGAUGAAUGCAGAGGUGUUUGCUCAGAGCUCCCAGUUCGCAACAGAGGCAAUCGGGGCGUUUCGGACUGUGUCGGCGCUGACUAUGGAGGACUAUAUUCUUGACAGGUAUUCCAGUCUGCUUAAGCAACAGAUCAGACGGGCCUUUCUGAGAGCAUGGCACGCUACGCUUGUCCUCGCCCUUUCCGACAGCGUGGAGCUCUGUGCUAUGGCUCUCACACUGUGGUAUGGCGGACAGCUUCUAGCCAGCCGGGAAUAUGACCCGCUGUCCUUUUUCGUGAUAUACAGUGCCAUUGUCCAGGGAGGGCAGGCUGCAGGACAGACCUUCAGUGUGGCAUCCGUUUUCGCACAAGCCACCGGGGCCGCAAAUCGCAUUUUCAGCCUUCGACAGAAAGUUAGCGAGGACGGCGGUUCACCUUACAAAGAGCAGUUGCCCGUGCAGGACCCAUCGUCAAAGGUCGGCGCCAAGGUGGAGCUGAGACGGGUAUCGUUCAAGUAUCCUACGCGCGACACGCCCAUCUUUCAAGAUCUCGACGUGACAAUUGAAAGCGGGCAAUUCGUUGCAUUCGUGGGGCCCUCAGGCUGCGGGAAAACAACCGUGAUUUCCCUCUUGGAAAGAUUCUACGAACCCAAUGCUGGCGCCAUCUACUUCAACGGCCGGGACGUCCGAUCCAUCGAGCUGUCGUCGUACCGUCGGAACCUGUCUCUCGUCGCGCAGGAACCACGGCUGUUCGACGGCACGAUCCGCGAGAACUUGCUUCUUGGGCUUAGCACUGCCGAUGAUGUUUCAGAGGAGCAGAUAGUGCAGGCCUGCAAAGACGCCGAGAUCCACGACUUUAUCGUGUCCCUUCCGGAGGGGUACGGGACGGAGCUGGGCAUCCAGACGCAAACCACGCUGAGCGGGGGGCAAAAGCAGCGGCUGUGCAUCGCGCGGGCGCUGCUGCGCAAUCCGUCCCUGCUGCUGCUGGACGAGGCGACGUCGAGUCUGGACUCGCAGUCGGAGAAGCUCGUGCAGGCGGCUCUGGAGCGGCUGGCUGGACGGCGACGAAUGACCAUUGUGGCCGUGGCGCAUCGACUGGCGACGAUCCAGAAGGCGGACACGAUCUUUGUCUUUAGCGGCAGCGAAGUCGGCCGGGGAUCGCGGAUCGUCGAGCGGGGGAAUCAUCAAGAGUUGCUGCGGAGGAGGGGUGUCUAUUGGCAGAUGUGUCAAGCGCAGGCGCUCGACAAGUAG